CCACUACCGAGAAGGCCCUCUGCCUGGUUCCCUGUAACUUAGCUUCUCAUAGCGAGGGAACCGCCAGAAGGCCCUCGGCGCUGGACCUCAGACUAGGGAGUAAACCCUACCCAGAUCUGGAGCGGUGUCCCUAAGAUGGUUGGGUGGUGUCUUGCAUGCUUCCUUCUGGCAACUCCUGCAGACCAGCUGGUGCCAAACACCUUGCUCUGCUUUCCUUUGGACCACAUCAGUGAGGCAGAGAGGAGGUCUUGUCGUCUGGGCAGCCCAGGACCUCCAGACACGCUGCCCAGGCUUGCACCCCGGAGAGGUCAAUUUGGUGCUGCAAACACAGCAGUUUGACUUCACCCCCAGAGGCGCACUCCAUUGUCUUUGGAGACAGACAGAUGCCCGCAACAUUACUAUUCCUGCUUAUUAACCCGCCCUUCACCCUAAGGUCCCAGGGCGGUGUGCAAUUAAAACACAACAUGAAUAUUGAAAGACAAUAUUACACAAUGCUGGGAAACAGAUUCGACAACUUAAAAUUGCAAAAAUAAUGUGGGUCCUAAAAAAUAUACACAAGUGUCAAAAUCCUAAGGCAUGCAAACCCAGGUCCGCUACCAUUGCACCCCCUCAGCCUCUGACCCUCCAGGCACUACAGAACUAUAAGUCCCAUCAGCCCCAGCCUGCAUACCCAGGGCUGGGUAGUAGUUCAGCAGCACCCAGAAGACCGCAGGUUCACCAGCACUAAUCUAGGCCCCCUUCUGGCAAGUGCGAGUAGUUUUUCCCCUGCAGAAAGGGUUGGCCGGGUGAUCUUGAAAGCCUGUGAUGAGAUUUUUCUGUGCCUUGCAAGCCAUUUUGUUCCUGGCAAGCAGCUAUUUAAAAAUAAUAACUGGGUGCCUUGUUCUGCAUUAAUCAGAGGUUGAAGGGCCCUUGCAACUGGCUCUGCCUGCUGUUCCUCUCUUGGUGCACUUCCGCUGGUCAAUGCUGGCUGUGGAAGCUCUUGCUGCUUGUACUGGGAGAAGGUGCAAGAUCCCUUUGCGUUUAUGGACUCGGACGAAAGCGCCCGGAAGGCCUGGUGGUGGGAUUGCAGGAGCCCCCCUAGGGAACCGGCUGGAAGACUGGCAGGAACCCCUUGGACCUGCCCUGCUCGUAGCCUAUUCCUUUCUGAUAUAGCUCAGAAAGGUUGGGAUUCAGUUGACAUUCCUGCAUUGCAGGGAGUGGUAGCUCAGUGAUGGCACAUAAUUUCUCACUCGCUGGAUCAUCACCUUGUCGUGGUGAGCAGGCUCUCCAAAAAUUGUUACACAUCACUUGGGAAGACAGGAAGAAGCCAAGAUCACCCACGUCGAAGUGAUGAUUCUUCAACAUCAACUUUGUUGGACUGGUCAUGUAGCGUGGAUGCCUGAUUAUCCUCUUCCAAAGCAACUGCUCUAUUCUGAACUUACAAAUGGAAAGCAUAAUGUUGGUGGUCAACAAAAGAGGUUUAAAGACUGUCUCAAGGCAAAUCUAAAAAAAUGUAGUAUAAACACAGACAACUGGGAAACACUGGCCUGAGAGCGCUCCAGUUGGAGAACAGCCUUUACCAAAGGUGUCAUGGACUUAGAAGACGCUCGAACUCAGGACGCGAAGGAGAAAUGUGCUAAGAGGAAGGCACGCUUGGUAAAUGCUCACCGUGAUCAACUCCCGUCCGGAAACCUGUGUCCCCACUGUGGAAGGACGUGUGGAUCCAGAAUUGGCCUCCACAAUCACUUAUGGACUCACCGUUAAGACUGUGUUCAUGGAAGACAAUCUUACUCGGCUACGAGUGAGAAGAAGAAGAAGAAGAAGAAGAAGAAGAAGAAGAAGAAGAAGAAGAAGAAGAAGAAGAAGAAGAAGAGCACAUCAUUUCCAUGGGGCCAAAGGUGUAGUUCGUUGUGUAUUUGAAAGACCUCUGAAGCAGCUCACUGAUGGUGUGUCCUAUGGAGCAGAACAGGCACAACAACAGAAAAUGCUCUUUGGUUGGUCACUGCCGUACAAUGGUCUUUAACACUGUGCUGCCACCAACAAAAGUUCUCAGGUCAUUCCUGCAAUCUACCAGGUCUAUAGAAGGACAGGCAGGUGGCUUGCCAGUUAAUCAGGUACUGUACAGAGUUCUUCAGGCCUUUACCAGCAUUUGAAAUUCGCCAGGCCCAUUUUGCAGCUGGUCAUCGGCCGGUUGCGAUCAAGUGAAGAUGCCCCAGGGGAACCUGAUGUCUCCACCAUUUGGAGGUGCACGCUUGGAGAUUCUUGGAUCUUGACUAUUUUCACACACUAGCAGCGCAUCCUGUAGAAUUCUACCCAUCAUAUUUUAUCUGCACAAUCGGAAUGAAUUUCAGGAACCAAAAAGCCAUGUUUGAAAAAUACACCUUUCGAGCACUCUGGCUGGAAAGUGGCAAGUAGGCAUUCCAUUUUGGCGACUGUAACCCUGGUCUCAGGUGCCCUUUGGCACCUAGCUUAGAUAUCAGAGUUUCUAACGCUGGCCUUUACAUAACGUCUUACAGUACCUUGGAUCCCAAACACCUUGCAAGUCGAAUGUUUUGGCUCCCGAACUCCACAAACCUGGAAGUGAGUGUUCCGGUUUGUGAACGUUCUUUGGGACCCAAACAUCUGAUGUGGCUUCCGAUUGGCUGCUGGAGCUUCUUGCAGCCAAUCAGAAGCCGCACCUCAGUUUCCAAACGUUUUGGAAGUCGAACGGACUUCCAGAGCGGAUUCCGUUUGACUUCCGAGGUACCAGAAAGCCACCAAAUGCAGGGAUCUAUCUUUUUUGCUUUCUUUUUAAAUAGGACUAUUUAAAUCGGGGGGAAAUUUACACUAGUAUACCUGGGAAGUCUCCCAUGUUGUGGCCUCAUGUGGAUGAGGCGGCUUGGCUAACCAAAGUCAGAGGGAAUGAUUAGCCAGGUUCCUGCUCAGGACUGGGAUCUAAAAUCUAUACAAAGCGGACUUGUUUAGCUGGGAGCAUGAUAAGCCCCAUGCUUAUCAGACUUUUAGAAGACAACUGAAGGCAGCCCUGUUCAGGGAGGCUUUUAAUGUUUAAUAGAUUAUUGUGUUUUAUUCUUCUGUUGGAAGUCGCCCAGAGUGGCUGGGGAGACCCGGCCAGAUGGGUGGGGUAUAAAUAAUAAAUUAUUAUUAUUAUCAUGCCACACUCUUACUGAAAAGCAAACAGAGGUUUAGGGUGUGGUUCCACAGCUUUGCUUGCUUACUUACUAGAGUUCUAGGAAGCAGUGGGUGAAAGGCUUGUUUCUGAACUGCAAUGUCGUCGGGUAAGAUUCAUGCGAAUCCAGGCAAAACGCUGUCUUGUUUUUAACAGCAUGUUUUCUCCGGCUCUGUGUGUUUGCAGCGAAACAGAUGCAGGUGUCCCUGGUGCUGAGCUCUGAGCCGCUGUCCUGUGGGACCACCCAGCCCCCCCCCAGCAGUUGGGGCUGCUCGUCUGCAUCCCGAAUUCCUCUGCCCAGUGUUCUCCCCGCCUCCCCGUUCUUCUGAGAGCACGAAGAGGAGUAUUUUUAGAUGCUGGUGUGUUCCUCGGCUGAAGAUAUCUGAAGCUCUUCUCCUGCAAGGGCGUAAAACACUGGGAUGAACAACGCAACGCUUGCCAGCGAGUCUUCUCCCCCCGGCAGCAUGUCUCCUGCCACGCUCCCCUUGAAUUUCCUCCCGUCGGCAGUGGGCUCCGGCCCCUUGGUCGUAGGCGAUGGCUCCCAGCUGAGGGCCGACCAGAACCACUCCCAAGACAGCCAGCAUCUCUUCCUGACAACUUCGGCAGCCAAGGUGAUCUCUGGCCUCUUUGUGUGGGCUGCCCUCGUCAUCACUUGCCACCAGAUCUUCUUGCACCUGAAAAGCUACACCAUCCCCAACGAGCAGCGCUACAUCAUCCGUAUCCUAUUCAUCGUGCCCAUCUACGCCUUCGACUCGUGGCUCAGCCUUUUGAUGAUAGGCAGCCACCAGUACUACGUUUAUUUCGACUCUGUGCGUGACUGCUACGAAGCCUUCGUAAUCUACAGCUUUUUGAGCCUUUGCUUUGAGUACCUCGGAGGCGAGAGCACCAUCAUGGCUGAAAUCAGAGGGAAACCCAUUGUGUCUAGCUGCCUCUAUGGAACGUGCUGUUUACAGGGGAUGUCCUAUUCGAUUGGAUUCCUCAGAUUCUGCAAGCAGGCAACGCUGCAAUUCUGCAUUGUGAAGCCUCUGAUGGCGAUCAUCACCAUCAUCCUGCAAGCCUUUGGGAAAUACAACGACGGCGACUUCAACAUUCACAAUGGCUACCUCUACAUCACCAUUAUCUACAACUUCUCCGUCAGCCUGGCGCUCUAUGCUCUCUUCCUCUUCUAUUUCGCCACCAUGGAGCUCCUGCGACCCUUUGAGCCGGUCCUUAAAUUCCUCACCAUCAAGGCAGUCAUCUUUCUCUCUUUUUGGCAAGGGAUGUUGCUGGCUAUCCUGGAGAAAUGCGGGGUGAUCCCAGAGGUUCAGAUCAUCGAUGGGAACACGGUGGGAGCCGGGACGGUAGCAGCUGGCUACCAGAACUUCAUAAUCUGCAUCGAAAUGCUGUUUGCUGCCAUCGCCCUCCGAUACGCUUUCACCUGCCAGGUGUACAGGGAGAAGAAGGAAAGUGCGACAUCAAACCUUGCCCCGAUGCAGAGCAUCUCCAGUGGCCUGAAGGAGACCAUGAGCCCCCAGGACAUUGUCCAGGAUGCCAUUCACAACUUCUCCCCAGCGUACCAGCAGUACACCCAGCAGUCCAUGCGAGAGGCUGGCGAGCUGGGGCAGAACGGGCACGUGGAGCCCAAAGCCGAUGGCCAACACAUCAAGAAGAGCAAGAACAUUGAGAAGAGGGUAUUGAUAAUCUCCGACGACGAACUAUAGGGCACGUCUCGCGGGUGGAAACCAUGGUGGGUUUUGUAGGAAAGACCUCCUCGCCACCUUCCAGCUCAGUUGCUGCGGACAGAACUGGACAUCAGAUGGGCUGGCCGGCGUGAGAGAAAAUGGAGGUGUCGCCACCAAUCCCCUCAAUUGGCUAUUGCCUCGAGAAGGCUCAAAUGCUUGGAAAGUUGGUUUCUCAAGCCCUCCCACUUCUUCGUGUUUCCUCGGCCUUUGCACUCAACCCAUUGUGUGAGCCUUUUCCUCCUGCUUUUGGGGAUGCGCGUGAGGGCACAAAAUGGCGGCAUGUUCCAGAAAGUUCCAAGAGGUUCUGGAAGAUGGCUUAGAAUGCCUCCAGCCUCUCUCCUAUUGGCUGAAGCAAAGAUAGUGUAGUGGGGGCAACUUUUCUCAGUUGGACUCUUGAGCGACAGCUCCGGGCCCAAGACGGGAUUGGGUUGGGGACUGGCUUGGAAGAACAGGGGAAAGGCCAGGAUUGCGGGAGCAGAGGUAAUGUUUUUGAAUGAAAACUGUGCCCCAACAGCGAUAUAGUCUGGGUUUGGUCCCGUGGGAAGGAAUGAAACUAACUGAAGCUGCGUUUGAAAGCAUGGAUCCAGCUCAGUCACAUGUGAAUUAAUAGGCAGAAAUCUGAGGGAGGAGAGGACUUUGAGGGGGCAGCUGCAAUGGCUGCAGUUGAAAGCAGAGGCAAAUGGGAAGUGAGGAACUCCUUAUGGAGGAAAUGGAGACUCCAAGGAAGCGUAAACAUUGCUAUUCCUAGUCCGUUCUUGGUGCUAAAGGAAAAACCUUUUUUAAAAAAUAAUAAUAAUCAAUAUAUAUAUAUAUAUAUUGUGUGUUGGUUGAACCCAGAUCUAUCUCAGUUAAAGCCAUUUUAGAGAGACUGAUCUGCUAUGGAUCAGGAAUUGUGCCCCCUUGUAUUAGGUUGGUGGUGGUAGAAUUGAAACUGUUUCCUGGAGAGGAAAGCUGAGGACAGUUUGACCACAUGGUACAAAGAAUGUAGGCAGAAAUCCUUGGUGGGCUUAACACCCACCCACCCACCCACCCCGUGUGGGCUCAGUUCUGACACCCACCAUUGUGGAAAUUCCACACAUAUAGGGGGCAGCAUAAGAACUGCCUAUGGCUCUCCCCUUGAAAUGUACAGUAUACUGUUGAAAGAAAGAGCAGCCUAUGGACCUCUAAUCUUGUGCGACUCCCAACUCCCCAUCAGCUCCAGAGAGCAGGGCCGAUAGUGGUAGUUUCCAAGUCACCUUCAAAGGCAGCCCCAUGUAGAGAACAUUGCAGUA